AUGUCAGUUCUAAUACCCCAUCAACAGCAGAGACUAAGGGCCUCUUCUGCAGCUAAGAAAGCUGCUUGGAACGCUAUGAAUAAGACGGUAAAUAUAGUCAGCCCGCACAAUAAUGUCAACUACGUGAAAAAGCCAUCCCCAAAGACCAAUUCUAACCAUUUGGACCGUGUCAUCAAGUCGGUUAAUGAUGCUACAAAGAGGCUCUCGGAGGCAGAAUCUAUAAAUAGCAAUAAUACAAAAUCUUCCAAAAGGAAAUCAAGAGACACCGUGGGUCCAUGGAAACUUGGGAAGACCCUCGGUAAGGGCUCCUCCGGGAGAGUUCGACUAGCUAAGAACAUCGAGAAUGGUACCUUAGCCGCGAUAAAAAUCGUGCCAAAGAGAACGUAUAACAGGCGUAUGAGGGAUCAGAAAAUGAAAACCGCUGGUGGCGUGUCGAGUGGGACAGAUUCCAAAGAUUCAUCUAACAGGGAAGAUCCUAUAAAGAAUGGCACGGACUCAGCUCUGAACCCAUAUGGUAUUGAGCGUGAAAUAGUUAUAAUGAAGCUAAUAUCACACCCAAAUGUCAUGGGCCUUCUCGAAGUAUGGGAAAACAAAUCAGAAUUAUAUUUGGUGUUGGAGUACGUGGAUGGUGGUGAGUUAUUCGAUUACUUAGUUUCUAAAGGAAAGCUCUCGGAACCUGAAGCAGUACAUUAUUUUACACAAAUCAUACAAGGUGUCUCAUAUUGCCAUUCUUUCAAUAUCUGUCACAGAGAUCUAAAACCAGAAAAUCUUUUAUUAGAUAAGAAGAACAAAGUAAUCAAGAUAGCAGACUUUGGUAUGGCUGCGUUGGAACUACCCAAUAAAUUACUAGAGACCUCCUGUGGAUCACCACACUAUGCAUCGCCUGAAAUUGUGAUGGGUAAACCAUAUCAUGGUGGUCCAAGCGACGUAUGGUCUUGUGGUAUCAUUUUGUUCGCAUUAUUGACUGGACAUUUACCCUUCAACGAUGAUAAUAUUAAAAAGUUACUACUUAAGGUUCAAGCCGGGAGAUUUCAACUACCUCCAUAUUUAACUAAUGAUGCCAAGGAUUUAAUAACAAGAAUAUUAGUGACUAACCCUGAAAAACGACUAACGAUUAAUGAAAUUUUAAAUCAUCCAUUAAUUAAAAAAUACAGGAAUCCACCUGCUCAUAUUCGAAAGCUCAAUCUUUUGGGACGAGGUAAAUCAAAUUCAGAUUUGCAUGUCCUUGAAUAUAAUACCCCCGCCACAGUGUGUUUGAACUCAGAGGAGGAUAUUGAUCAGUCGAUCUUGAAAAGUCUGCAGAUUCUAUGGCAUGGUACUCCAAGACAACGUCUAGUAGAAAGGCUUCUAGUUGAAGGAGCAACAGAGGAAAAGUUGUUCUAUUCACUCUUGUUUCAGUAUAAGUUAAAACACUCAAAACCAAUAUCAGCUACAAAACUUCAAAAGAAAAUAGAAGAUGUUGUGCUUGAGAAUGAAUCAACAAAAACUGAAUCUAAAGAUAGUAGCAACGAGCCAGGUAUUGACAACAACAAUGAUACUUCUGACUUCACACAAGAUGGAAAUUCCUCUGAAAUGGUAAAUGAAUUGCAUACAUCAGCUCCAAUGCUGGAACAAAAGUCACAGUUUAGUCAGCAUUCUUUGAAGAGUAAAGAGACUGUGCCAAUUUCGGAUCUGCCACCAUUACCGCCUGUAAUUCCUACAUUCGCGGCCUCAUCUUCGAAGGCUUUCAGAAGAAGUAAAUCAAACCUGUCUUCGUAUCUGAAAAGGCCAAAGUUAGAAAACGCUAGAUCAAGAACCUCGUUAUUUAAUUCUUCUUCGAAUACAUCUAUUACCAGUUCAUCUAUUUCGGAGCUAAAUACUAGGCCAAGAGGAAAUAUACCAUUAUCGCCAAGUAAUAUUACUUUAACUUCAUUAGUUUCUUCCAGAUCAUUGCAUAAUUCUGCUUCAAAAAAAUCUUUGAAGAAUUUACAGAAGAGAACUCUUCAAAAUUCUGAGUCUAAAAGAUCACUUUAUUCGCAGACUUCAAUCUCAAAGCGUUCCUUAAACCUUAAUGACUAUUUGAUUGGAGGGCCUUCUAACUCCGCGGAACUUCCACCUCUACCUAAGCUCGAUUCUAAUAACGAAUUUGAAAUGUUAUGUGAUAAAAUCUUGAACACUAGUGCAUUAGAUAAUAUUCUUGAGGAAGAGGAAGAGGAUAUCACGCCUUCAAAGAAUACAACUCAAACAAAUGAUGUACAUAAUGAAGAUACUAUAAUUCGCAAAGAAAUGCAUGAUUUUGAGAUUAACGUCAAUAAUCAUCAACCAGAAUUUAAACGCCAGCCAUCAGAUUUCUCAGUGAAUGGACCAGAUACAUCUAUUUUUAGUAUAGAACCCAUGCCAGAAGGACUUGGUAUUAGUAAAAAGCCAGUACGUGUACAACCCACCUUUAAUUUUAUUAUUGAUGAAGAUAAAGUUGAUGAUAGCAUUAAGGUUAAGCAAGUUUCUGGUACGGGACCAUCUAAUAAUGUUCUCAAAGAUAUAAGCAACCAGAUUAAUAAUGGUAAAGGAAUUGAAAACUCAAAAUUGCAUCCUACUUCCAAUAACAACUACAAAAAUAUCAGAAAUGUUACCGCUCCAGAAGGUAACUUUACAUCAAAAACAUUUUCGUUAGAUCCAAGGAGGAAUGUUUCUCAACCUCCAAAAGAGUCGUUGUUCCAUAGUCUCUUAAACAAUAAAUCUUCCAAAAAUGCUGAAGAAAAUACUCAGUUUGAGUCCAAGUCAAAGCAAUACAACUUUAUGAAUAAAACUGCACAUUCUGAAUUUGAAAAAGAAAGGCUAAAUGCUCACAGAGACGCGGAUAGAUCGAAUGAUCAAAAUGUGUAUAAUGAAACCAGCGUUCUUGCGCAAUCCAGUACGAUUCAUGAGUCUCCUUUGUUAUCAAUUCCUUCAACUUUAUUGAACACAUCUAUGACCUUCAAAAAUCUGGUUGACAUGCUACAAGAAAAUAAACUAGAUGAUAUCAACGAAACUGUGGCUAAAGAGAGCAGUGCACCACUGAGAAAAAAAUCUACAAAGUUGUCUUUGGCUCCUCAUUCUAAUUUGGUCUCUGAUUUGAACAAAAGGACAAGUGGUUACAACACAUUAGCAAGUGUUGAUAGAUCUUCUUCUGAUCUAUCAUAUGCCAUAGAUCUACCAACGAAUACCAAUAUUGCAGAAAUUGUUUAUCUAUCUGGUAAUAACAAGCAAUCUUCUGAGAAGAAUAUAUUCAUGUUAUCUAAUGAUAACAAUGAAACAGAGCUUUUUCACACUGAUGAAAAUAAAACUUCCAUAAAAAGUGCAGUCAAUAUAUUCGAAGAUCCUCCAUCGGAUUCCACGUCAUUGCAAACAUCCUCUUCUGAAUCGGAUUCUAUACCAAAAGUACAAAGGAAAGCCGUUUCUAUUGAAACGCUAAAUGCAUCUAAUAUAAUUACACCAGCUGCAGAUGUGCGUGUUAGUUUGUAUGGGAAUAAUGUGUCCAAUUCAAAUACUAUGCCAAGAGAGACUACUGAAGAGCUGAUCUCUAGGUUCAAGUUGACGCCGGAAAAGCCUCAACAUCAAGUGCAGAAAAGAUUCUCUUCAUUAACUCAAACAGGACGGAAUACCGAUUCGAUUGCAUUAUCACAAAGCAUGAUUUCAAUGUUUAAGGAUGCAGAGGAAAACGGAAACAACAAAUCUGUGAAGGUAUUGGACCAAGUUGAGGAAGAAAAUGCCAGUAAAUUAACACCUACAAGUCCAAAAAAUAGAGUCACGAUGCUUUUUGAUGAUUAUGAAGCACAACAGAAUAUUACAAGUGAUCAAAGCAAUAAAAGUUCAAAAGUUAUAGAGAUUCCAAACGAUUCCCCAAUCAAAGUGAAGGUUCAGAAGGCCUCUACCAUUUUCGAGAAGGAAAUUAUAUCUGCUGCUGAAGCAGAUGAGAACGACCAUUUAAGGAUCCCUUAUGAGAGCAAAAGUAAGAAGGAAAUAGCACAGGUGCAUCAACAGGAACAAAAAGAACAACAAGUGAGAAAACCUACCGAAUCGCAAGAGAAGGCUGUACAAAAGACUACGAAACCAAGUUGGUUCUCAAAGCUAAUACACGGUUUCAAGACAACGGGAGGAAGCGGGCAUACAAAACUGAUUAGAGAGCACUCUACAAAAAUGACUUUUGAAGAAGUCCAUAUGAUAACGGUGAAAGAAUUUGGAAAUAAUGGUAUCGAUUAUCAACUCCGUACUUUGGAUAAGAAAGGAGAUCGUGAGAAAGUUGAAUAUGAUUGUAAAUUUGUUAAAGGAAAUUUUGAAUUCAAGAUUAAGAUCUUUAAUUCCGGUUUCCCUCAUCAAAACACAAUCAUUACAGUCAAAAAGAAAGGUAAGAUUAAUUCUAAAGAGACAACAGAUUUGUUCCAGAGGUUUAAUGCUAACAUUGAGAAUUUGAUCAAGUCUGCAGAAAGGAACAUAGAGUCAAACCCGAAAUAA